GGUAGAGGAAGCAGAAAGCUGAGGGAGUGCCUUGUGCUCAUGCACCGCUAGGACCAAAAAGGGGACGCAUAUGCCCUCCGGUGAGGGUCGGCACAGAUCCGCCGGGAGUCAUCUCGUUUGGGACUGUAUAUAUUUUCCGUUCCGAAGAAUAUCUUUCGUUGCUUUCGUUCUCUCCGCGUCCUCUGCCUCCUUUAGCCCGUUUUGCUCCCGUCAGGCUUUCUCUCCAUACUAUUGAUGCUCCUGUGAUUUUUUCUCUGUCAUUUCCAUUAUUCUUUUUUUUUUCACUGCACACGCCUCUGCUUUCCUUUUCGUUUCACCUACUGGUAUUCUUCUGCUUACCCUCUAGCCUUUUACCAUUUGCAUUUAUUCUGUCCUCCAUUUUUCUUCCUCCUUUUCUUGUUGUAGAAUUGUCUGUUCUUCACUCCUCUUUCUCUCAUGCAGAUUCCUCAUCUUAAUUGAUUCCCCUAUUCUUUAUCCUUCCAUAAUUCAUUUCCUGAAUCUUUUCCUACUAUUCCCCUUCUCCCCAGUACAUAUGUUUUAUUUAUAAUCUUCCCUCCUACCCUAUACCUCCUUUCUUCAGGGAGGGGAGGUGUGAUGAUGCAGAGAAAGGUGAAGCCCCCCUCAGGGGCUGGUCCAGGCCGCUCUGCGGAGCUCCGUGUCUUCCGUGGCCCUACUACUGCCGUACACGAAUCACGCCUGCCUGGAGCUCCUUUGCGACGCCAACGGUCCCUAACCAAUCUUUCUGUUUUGACUGAUGCUGAGAAGAAGUUACGCCUUUGUGGCCCUGACUGGUGUGAUGACUUAUCUACUGUGGCUCCCCCUAGGAGCCACAAUGCAGCGCCUGCUUCACCUGCCAUGUCGCGGGCUCUGUCUCGUUCAGAACACUCAUUACUCCAGCCCAAAACACCUAGCCGUAUACCCCGGGGCCCAUAUGCAGAGGUCAAGCCUCUCAGCAAAGCACCAGAGACUGCGCCCAGCGGCCCUGGAGUGGAUGAUUCCAGUAAAGAGUCUGCUGAUGACAAGAAGACAUUUCUGAAGGUGGACCCAGAAUUAGUGGUGACUGUACUGGGCGAUUUGGAGCAACUGCUCUUCAGCCAGAUGUUGGAUCCAGAGACUCAGCGCAAACGGACUGUUCAGAAUGUUCUGGAUCUCAGGCAGAACCUUGAAGAGACUAUGUCCAGUCUACGUGGGUCACAGGUCACGCACAGCUCCUUGGACAUGCCAUGUUAUGACAGCGAUGAUGCCAACCCUCGAAGUAUCUCCAGCAUGUCUAACCGGUCAUCUCCAGUGUCCUGGCGCUAUGGGCAGGCUAGCCCAAGGCUACAGGCUGGAGAGGCUCCAUCACUUGGUGGAUGCCGCUCAGAGGGUGGUGGUGGAAGCUGGCAAUUUUCUCACACAAUGCCACUUAGAGGAGGAACCCGAAUUUGCAGCAUUACCCAGCGCCUAGAGCUGAUGGAGGCUGGUGACAGAGAUUUGAAAUCUGGGUAUGGGAGUGACAGUGACUGCCAGCUGGGCAAAGAGAGCACACAUGAGGAUGAUGAUAUCAUUACUAGUUGGGACGAAAGUAGUUCAAUAAGCAGCGGACUGAGCGAUGCUUCUGGAAAUCUCAGCUCCGAGGAAUGUAACGCAAGCUCCUCACUCACCUCCCUGCCCUCCACACCAACAGCAUCCCGACGGAGCUCCGCUAUUGCACUCCGGACAGACUCAGAAAAACGUUCACUGGCUGAGAGUGGGCUGAGCUGGCAUAGCGAGCCAGAGGAAAGGCCACCCCGCAGAAUGGAGUAUGACAGUGGCAGCCUAAAGUCAGAACAUGGGACAUCUCGAUGGCGGCGAGAGAGGAGUGAUGAGCCCCCAAAAUCAGAGGCCAAAAAACCUGUUACACUCGGGCAGCCCCUACGCAAGGGAAAAAACCCACCAGUUGGCAUUACUUCUCCUAUUACCCAGUCUGGAUCGAUAAACCUGAAGGGAGGAGGCAAAUCUGAGCAGAAAGCAACUGACAAAGCCAAGCUUACCUUGAAGACAGCUGGGCUUCAGCGAUCAUCUUCUGAUGCAAGCAGAGACCCACGUUCACCUGAUGCAAAGAAGCCUCCCUCGGGUAUUGCCCGUCCAGCUUCUUCUUUUGGCUACAAAAAACCUGCUGCUCCCUCUUCUCCGCUCACUGGGAACUCUGCCACACUAGGCAAAACUCCUAAGUCCUCAGGGAUACCUGUCAAGCCCACAUCUGGUCCGGCAGGAGGUAACCGCAAGACUAGCCUAGAUGUUUCAGGAUCAGCAGACCCUGGCUUCCUCUCUCCCUCUGCCCGCACUAACAUUCAGUACCGUAGUCUCCCACGGCCUGCCAAAUCUAGCUCCAUGAGUGUAACUGGAAGUAGGAGUGCCGGCCGACCUCUAAGCAGCACUAUUGAUGUUAGCUUGGUACCUGUGCAAGGGAAAGCUGCAACACCCACGUCCCGUCUAAAGGAACCUUCCAAGGUAGGGUUAGGUCGAUUAGGUGUCAACCAAACUGAUCGUGAAAAGGAGAAGGCUCGUGCCAAAGCUGUGGCCCUGGACACAGAGGACAGAACAAAUACUUCAAAUCAAUUGGAAUCCCAAGUGGGCAAAGGCAAAGAAGGGACACCAACAACACCACACAGGGCAGUAACAAAGCAAUUUACGAAGACUCCAACCCUGUCUAAUUUGGAUAAAGUUAAUUCCAAUAGCUUGGACUUUACUCCCUCCGUUCCAGAAGUGAUACAGAGCAAACAACUAGACCUGCCACCAAGUGGUUCCUGUCUUACUCCAAGUCCAGCACCCAUCUUGAACAUCAACUCUGCCAGUUUCUCACAGGGACUAGGGGGUUUCAGGAUGUACCCAAAAUUGUCAGGGUUGCACCGCAGCAUGGAGUCUCUUCCAUUGUCUAUCAGUGUCCCCCCUACACCCCCAAUAGGGGGUGGCGAAAAGCACACACCAGACACCGGUUGGAAUGAUGUCACCCUUAAAUCCCCUGCAAUUGAAAACACUAUCCAGGACAGAAACACACUGCCAAAAAAAGGAUUGAGGUAUCAGUCACAUUCUCAGGAUGAACCCAAGGAGAGGCGUCACUCACACACAAUAGGAGGACUACAGGAUGCGGAGGACCUGUCUCCUCUUCCCCCUCCGCUGCCUCUUACCAAUGUGGGAAAGCCACCGCUGACCAACCUGGUGAGCCCGUCCUCUGCUCCCCGCAUUGCUCGUUCUAGCAGCAUUCCAGCUCAGGACACAACCUUUGAACUAUUUGGCUCUACAAACCUGGGAAGUUCCUUGUCACUUGCUGACCGUCCAAAGGGAACCAUGACCAGAUCUGGCUCCUUCAGAGACCCUUCUGAUGAUGUUCAUGGGUCCGUCCUGUCUCUUGCAUCGAGUGCGUCGUCAACAUAUUCCUCUGCUGAGGAGAGGAUGCAGUCUGAGCAAAUUCGUAAAUUACGCCGUGAACUUGAGUCCUCCCAGGAGAAGGUAGCAGCUCUGACUUCGCAGUUAUCAGCCAACGUGAGUGCAAAUCUAGUGGCAGCGUUUGAACAGUCCUUGGUGAACAUGACGUCUAGAUUACGGCACUUGGCAGAUACUGCACAAGAAAAGGACACUGAACUUCUGGAUUUGAGGGAGACAAUCGAAUUACUAAAAUCUAAGAACUCAGAGGCUCAAGCUGUCAUUCAUGGGGCCUUGAAUCCACCUGAUGUUGCACCACGGGAGUUGCGCAUCAGACGCCAGAAUUCAUCAGACAGCAUAUGCAGCCUAAACAGCAUUUCUAGUCAUUGUAGUGCCGGCAGCGUCAAGGACAGCGAGAGUAAGAAGAAGAAAAAGAAGAGUUGGUUGCGCAGUUCCUUUAACAAGGCAUUCAAUAUGAAGAAAGGACCCAAGUCCACUUCUUCCUACGCUGAUAUUGAGGAAAUGGCUACCCCUGAUUCCUCUGCACCAACUUCCCCCAAGCAACAACAUGGACCCACAGGACCACCCUCCCCCUCCCUGCACUCUUCCCCCUCCUCGUCUGUAAUAUUUGAAGCACAGGAGGGAGAAGAGCCAGAGAAAAGGGAAGUGUCGGAACUGCGCUCAGAAUUGUGGGAGAAGGAAAUGAAGCUAACAGAUAUUCGUUUGGAAGCUUUAAAUUCUGCACAUCAGUUGGAGCAGCUGCGGGAGACCAUGCACAAUAUGCAGUUGGAAGUAGACCUUCUAAAGGCAGAAAAUGACCGGCUUAAAGUGGUUCCACCAUCCUCAUUACCUGCAAGCACUCCUUCCUCCUGUGCCUCCCCUCGACGUUCCUUGGCUUUAACUCUCACGCAGUCCUUGGGGAUCCCUGCAUCAGCAGACUCAGACCUCUCACCCAUGGAUGGAGUAAAUGGCUCUCUGCAGAGAGAGGUCACGCUGCGUACAGUUAUAAGAGUGCCCCCUCAGCAUAUCAUAAAAGGGGACCUGAAGCAACAAGAGUUUCUACUGGGUUAUGUGAAAAUAAGCAACAAGGCGGACUGGCAAACUUUAGAUGAAGCAGUAUGCCAAACGUUUCAGGAUUAUGUCAGUCAGGUGGAUCCGGGCUCUACAUUGGGACUAAGCAGAGAGUCUGUGAGUGGAUACAGUCUAGGGCAUGUAAAAAGAAUGUUGGACGCAGAGAUCCCUGAAGCAACACCGUCCUGGAACAUCCGCAGCGGCACAAAUAUUAUCUUGCAGCUCAAAGGUCUGAAAGAGAGAUGUGUUGAUCUUCUGGUGUUUGAGUCUCUUAUUCCGAAGCCUAUGUUGCAGCAUUAUGUCAGCUUGCUCCUGAAACAUCGCCGGCUGCUGCUAUCUGGUCCCAGUGGUACCGGAAAGAGUUUUCUCGCUCACCGACUUGCUGAGUAUCUUGUGGAGAGAUCCGGCCGGGAGGUCAGUGAAGGCAUUGUUACUGCCUUCAACAUGCACCAGCAGAGUUGCAAGGAUCUGCAGUUGUACCUCUCCAACUUGGCUAACCAGAUUGACAGAGAGACUGGGCCAUGUGAGGUCCCUUUAGUCAUCUUAUUGGACGAUGUGACCGAAGCCGGAGCCAUUAGCGAGCUGGUGAAUGGGGCCCUGACGUGCAAGUACCACAAGUGCCCUUAUAUCAUUGGGACAACAAAUCAGCCAGUGAAGAUGACACCAAAUCAUGGACUACACUUAAGCUUCAGGAUGCUCACCUUUUCUAACAACGUAGAACCAGCUAAUGGGUUCCUGGGCAGGUAUCUACGACGGAAGCUGUUAGAGUCUGAAGGCAGCAUUGGAACUGGACAUGGAGAGCUACUGCGGAUAUUGGACUGGGUUCCCAGACUUUGGUACCAUCUACACACUUUCCUAGAGAAGCACAGCACCCCUGACUUUCUUAUAGGCCCCUGCUUUUUUUUGUCCUGUCCAAUUGGUAUUGAGGAUUUUCGUGUUUGGUUUAUUGAUCUUUGGAACAACUCGAUCAUCCCGUACCUACAAGAGGGAGCCAAAGAUGGAAUUAAGGUCCAUGGACACAAGGCUUCAUGGGAGGAUCCUGUCGAGUGGGUUAGGGACACACUUCCAUGGCCCCUGGCGCAGCAAGACCAAUCCAAGUUAUUACAUCUACCACAGCCCAGUAUAGGGACCCACUUAUCAGUGUCACCUCCCCGAGAGCACAGUGUGAAGGACUCUCCUCCGUCAUCCUUGGAAAAUGAUCCACUGAUGGCGAUGCUUUUAAAACUUCAAGAAGCUGCAAACUUUAUUGAGUCACCAGACAGAGAGACCAUGUGCGACAGUGACCUUACUUCUACAAUUUGAAAAUUGCUGAGCCUGGAAUUCUAUCACCCUACAAAUUGAACUACCUUGCACACGUCCUUCUCAUUUUCCCCUUGUAGAUAUUGACUCUUUAGUCCUGCAGAGCAAGGUGGUUGGCCCUGCUGCUCUUAUGCGUUGGACAGAGGAUAGUUAUCAUCAUGAAUACUCCUAACUCACACCAGUCUAAUUAGAGAGUGGUAGAGGAAGCAUGAAACAGACAGACUUUUUUUUUUUUUAAGAUUGUAGAAUUUCAGAAUGAAGAAUCCACUGUAAUUCUCACCUUCAACCGAUCUCUGGCUACCUGUAAUCUCAUCCUGGUGUGGCCUCUUUGGCAAGGCUACAAUGGGAGGAUGCUUCAGAACUUGGUGAACAAUUGUGUGUUGUUGAAAAAGCGAGCGGUUUAAUUCCCGAGACUGUUAGUAAUAUAAUUGUACUUCCUAAACAGGUAUUGCUUGAAUGCCACUACAGGUUUCUCCACAGUAUUGAAGCUUUAGGUUGGAAGGAAAUAGGACACCCCACCGUGUGUGCACCAUUUUUUUUUUCCUCUCAUCCAAAUGCCUUUUUGGGGUGAGGUUUAAUUCUGGCAAAUACAUUCCUCUAAGAGUCAUCCAGUAAAGCCCCACUCUAUUCUGAGCCCAUAAACACAAUUCCAG